GGAGGCGGGACGUCGCCAAGGCUCCGGGUUUGGUGUCGGCAAGACGAGACCCAGAGCGGCCGGGUUCGGUUGCACGAUCGGGCCCGGAGGAAGCGGCCAUGGCGGCGGGGCGGGUUCCACUCACUUCCGCCCGAGGCGGCCGCCGCUGAGAGGGAAGAGGAAAACGGCCGGGCUCGCGGGACAGGCAUGGCGGGGGUCCGGCGGCUCCGGCCGCUGCUCGGUUUCUGGCUGCUGGCCGCGGCCUUGGCGGCCCCCGAGCAAGAAGUCGGCCGCGAGCGAGACUUCCCGCCUCACCAGGAGCAGCAGAAGCCGCCGCCGGCGCCGCACCAGCAGCCGGCGGUGCAAGGGCCGGACCUCCUCCGGGCUGAGAAAGGACCAACCCUCCUCGUCCCCGUCCAUUCUGUGAGUGAAGAGUCCUCAGAUAAAACUAACCUAGGAUUUAUCCAUGCUUUCGUGGCUGCAAUUUCGGUCAUCAUUGUUUCAGAACUGGGCGAUAAAACCUUCUUCAUUGCUGCUAUUAUGGCAAUGCGUUACAACCGCUUAACAGUGCUGGCUGGUGCCAUGCUAGCCUUAGGGCUGAUGACGUGUCUAUCUGUUUUAUUUGGUUACGCUACCACAGUAAUUCCCAGAAUAUAUACCUACUACGUGUCAACCGCGCUCUUUGCCAUUUUUGGUAUCCGGAUGCUUCGAGAAGGUUUAAAGAUGAACGCAGAUGAAGGUCAGGAAGAAUUAGAGGAAGUUCAAGCAGAACUCAAAAAGAAAGAUGAGGAACUCCAGAGAAUGAAACUCCUAAAUGGGCCUGGAGAUAUGGAAGCAGGCACAGGCCCUGCAAUACCUCAGAAGAGAUGUCUGCAUUUUAUUUCUCCAAUUUUUGUGCAAGCAUUCACUUUAACGUUCCUAGCUGAAUGGGGUGACCGUUCUCAGUUGACGACCAUUGUCCUGGCAGCAAGAGAGGAUCCCUGCGGUGUGGCUGUGGGUGGAACACUUGGGCAUAGUUUGUGUACUGGCCUAGCAGUGAUUGGAGGAAGAAUGAUAGCACAAAAAAUCUCAGUUCGAACUGUGACCAUCAUAGGAGGCAUUGUUUUCUUAGCAUUUGCAUUCUCUGCACUAUUUAUAAGCCCAGAUGUUGGAUUUUAGCAGGAUUUUUCACUCCUUUUCCUUGAAAUACAAGAAUUAGAACCAGUGAUUGCCAUUCGGGUUCCUGUAUACAAUGUACAGCUCCUUAUUCAAACAAGCACUGAAGGUGGGAUACCGUAAUUUUUAUAGUAACAAUUAGUUUGAUAUGUUUUGUAGAUACAGUCUCUGCCGGACAAUUACACGGUCUAUAUAUUUGAGAUAUGAAUAAUGUACAUUUGCUUACUUAUCGACUCAGGUAAACUGAGGUUCAGCUCCUGAAAUUUUGCGGAGUUAUUUUAUUUGCAGAUGUCCCAAAAACACUGCUUGAAACCCCCCUUCGAUUUUAUUUCUCAAGUACAUGAUUCCAUGGUCAGAAAUGAAGCGCUCUGCCAACAAUUAAGUCAUCUAUUCAAGACACUGAAUGUGGUGGACUUGUGGAAGAAUCAGAAAACUUAGAUACAGAAAUGGUCUCAAAUACAGAAUCCAUCUAGAUAUUUACAGAUCCAUUUUUGUAUUUUACUGAACAUUUGAUGCAUUUUCAGAUUAAAAUAUUCUUAAA